AUGGGUGUGUCUGGGCUGUUGUGGACUGUGAGGGUGCUUGUUCUUCUUCAAUUGGUCACUGGAAUUCUUGGUUGGGGAAAGGAAGGUCACUAUGUUAUUUGCAAAAUUGCAGAGGGGUAUCUAACUGCAGGAGCUCUUGCUGCAGUAAAGGAAUUGCUUCCAGAGUCUGCUCAAGGUGAUCUCGCAAAUGUUUGUUCUUGGCCUGAUGAGAUCCGAUUCCACUAUCACUGGAGUAGUGCUUUACACUAUGUUGAUACACCAGAUUUCAGGUGUAACUAUGAAUAUUGUAGGGAUUGUCAUGACUCUGCUGGGCGUAAGGAUAGAUGUGUCACUGGAGCAAUUUAUAACUACACAUACCAACUUUCAUCAGCAUAUCCGAAUUCCAACUCAUUUUCGGACUACAAUUUGACGGAGGCACUUAUGUUUUUAUCACACUUUAUUGGGGAUGUCCACCAGCCCCUGCAUGUAGGUUUCCUUGGAGAUUUGGGAGGAAACACAAUACAAGUCCGUUGGUACCGUAGGAAGUCAAAUCUACACCAUGUAUGGGACACCAUGAUUAUUGAAUCAGCCUUGAAGACAUUCUACAGUUCAGAUCUUGCAACCAUGAUACAGGCCAUUCAAAAUAACAUAACGGAAAAUUGGUCCAAUCAAGAACCGUUAUGGGAGCAUUGUGGACGCAACCAAACAGUCUGUCCAAACCCCUAUGCUUCUGAAAGCGUUAGUUUGGCAUGCAAGUUUGCAUACAGGAAUGCUACGCCUGGAAGCACUCUGGAAGAUGAUUACUUUCUUUCUCGGCUGCCUGUCGUGGAAAAGAGGCUAGCCCAAGCUGGCAUUCGGUUAGCUGCCACUCUCAACCGCAUUUUUGCUUCUCAAAUUGAAAUUGCUCAGGCAUGA